AUGGGAUCUAAAGACAAGCUGGGAAUCAAGGUACUUGUAGUGAACCAGCAGGUGGUUGAGCUAGACCCUGACAUUGCUGACAUCACUUUCUUUAAAACCAUUUCAUUGAAAGAGGCAAAUGACCAUCGGGACAGCACUUACAAUGAACUUGGUCAAAGUAAACAAGAAAACAAGGUCGUCCUCCAUACGGAGAAGGCUGCCGAAAUAGACAAUCCCGACGGGCAAACCGGCCCGAACUGCGAUGACGCUUUAGAUUCUGUUGUCAGACGGCAAUUUCUUGAGCUUAUUGCACAAUUUCCAACCCUGUAUAGAGUGAAAGGACUCUUACAUCGCCUUCUCUUGGACCGCAAGCAUAACGUGGCUGCUUGCAUGUUACUGAUCGCAUGGUUCAGACACAACACCGUGAAAACCGUGCCGGGAGAUCUCAUACAACGCAUUGAUAAACACUCUCCAGCAACAACCGAAAGCAUAUUUGAGCUCUUGUGUAUGCCGCUAUCUGUGCCAGUUGAAACAAACAAGGAGUGGAUCGCAGGUUUGCAACUCGUACUGUAUUCUUUUCGAAAUUUCACAGUCCAGGAGCUUCGUGAUUUGGAAGCAGCAACCGGUUAUGGACAUCAAAUGGGGCGGCUCAAGAACGCUGCCUCACCCGCGCCAGGCUUAUGCCAUACCUCAUCACUUCUCUCCGGUAUCACGAAGAUACGCGCGAAUGAAGUUUGCAUUAGCCACACCCAAUUUCGCGACUUCCUCGAUUCGCAGCUCAGUGGUACAGGAAAAGAUGCCAGCAGAGAAGGAAAGCACGUACGCCGCGCACACGCGAGGAUUGCUAGCUGGUGCCUGGAAUAUCUUUGCAACACUCAGGAUGCCGAGUUCAGGCGAUUUCAGCCCGCUGACGAGAAUACAUCGACUCCCGAGUUCCGCGACACAUUCCUCUCAUACGCGAUUAAAUAUUGGGUUCCCCACCUGAAGCUCUCUGAUUCCGACGCCGAGACUCUCGCAUCUGCAGGUAAAUUUCUGGCGAAAUCGGCUCAUGCAGCUUCAUGGGCACAAGCCUACUGGGGUCUUGGGAACCCGGCCACAAGAGGCAAGGGAUCGUCCAUGUCACCAUUUGCAAUCUUCGCGGAACAUGGAUUUGAGUCCUUGGUAAAUGCCGUUCUUGAGACACAUGGGGAUCAGCCGCCUCUGACAAGAAGCCAAUACCUUCAUGGGUUGAAAUGGGCUGCUAGAAAUGGCCACAGUCAGUUGGUCCACAAAUUGCUUGCUCUUGAAAUCACAGGAGACGAGCCAUUUGACAGCAUAAUUUACGAGGCCUUCGCCUCUGGAGACGCUCAGAUCUCGAAAGAAGUCGUCAUGGCAGCUCAAAGGCAAGCGGGGAAUAUCCAAAGCCCUUUAAAUCUUCUAUCUUGGGCAGCCUACUAUGGUCUGGCCGAAAUUGUCGACAUAUUGAUUCCUUGCAUACCGCCAGAAGUUGAAAAGGAGAACGAGUGGCGCCCUGUACGGCUCACGGUAGCUGAGAGCAAACUAUUCACUGGAGGUUCUCUGCAGGCCUUGAAGCUGUUGGUCGCUGCUGGCUUCGCUACAAGAGAUGUAGGAACUGAUGAUGAGGAGAGCGCCUCGGCUCUAAGACUACUGUGUAAAUCGGGAGCUAGUACAGAGGCUGUCGAGUUUCUUGCGGAAGCCUUGCUAGCGUCGUCCAUCUCCAAUACUCCAGAACAAAAGCAAGAAUGGCCGAAAGAAUUUGCUUCUGCCGGAGAGAUUGCUUUGGCUCAAGGACACCACAAAGUUGUACAAGUGCUUAUGCAAACCUCUGCUGCCAAAGAAUGGUACGAUGUGCCGCGGCUUGUGGCUUGGAUCGGCUCUGCGGCCUCGGCAAAAGAGACACAAUGUUGCCGGGAAAUCGUUUCACAUCUUCUCAAGGCUGUAGAGAGCUUGAAACAGCCCAUAUCUUCUAACAGCAUAAGAAAGGCAUAUAGUUUAGGAGAUGUCUCUCUUACGGAAGAUAUAAUCUCAGCUUCGGGUGGUUCGACGUCAGAAAACUUUUCCGACUCUCUUUGCGCUGCGGUUUUAGGAGGAGAUGCGGCAAUCAGCAGCACCAAGUUCAUAGAAAAAGUCGGCUUCGGGGUUUGUAGCAGGGAAACGUACCAACAAGGAAUUAGCGAGGCACUUUGGGCAGCAUGCACGCGCUCCGCUUUCAAGACUGUCUCACUUCUACUGGAGAAGAGGCCGCGCUUGGAUGAAUUCAGCUCUGAAAGGGUGACGCCUCUGUUCUAUGCUGCGUUUCACGGCCAUGAGGAACUUGUCAGGAUUCUUCUCAAAGGGGGGGCGAAGCCGAACGACACCGGUAGCGUUGGGGGCUGGAAACCCAUACAUGGUGCUUUCGACAACCCGAAGAUUCUGGAUAUACUCAUUAAUGAGGGGGCUGACAUAAAUGCCGAGAAUAAUGGCCAAACCGCAUUAUCAUUAAGUUGCAGAAACGAUAAAGCGGAGUCGGUAAGAUUACUCCUGAAGCACAAAGCAGAGGUGCGCUUCGAACUAUCGGAAGCUCUCGGAAAAGCAAGCAUGGUUGCACUACUUCUUGAUUGUGGUGCGGACCCUCUACGCUAUAAGGCUGAAGAAUUAAACAGCCCUCUGCUUCACACUUGUGUGCGGUGGAACUUGACCGACAUCCUCAAAAUGCUGCUCAUCUAUAAGGUCGAUGUCAACGAGCGAGACAUGCACGACCGAGCACCUCUUCAUUACAUAACCUCAAGAGUGGAGGUACCCGUCUUAAAACUUCUGGUGGACCGCGGCGCAUAUUUGAAUAUCGUGUGCGACGGAAAAACACCCCUAUCGAUGGCCAUAGGGGGCAACAACAAGGCAGUCAUACGAUAUCUCGUGGAAGCCGGGGCUGCCGUCAACGCCACCAUCGGAUAUUACGGCUCGGUGAUUCAUAAAGCAUGCCAAAGUAGCGAUUUAGAAACCAUAAAGCUCCUCAUUACUCACGGUGCAGAACUGAAUUGCAACAAUGACGGCAUCCUAGGCACACCGCUUCAAGCUGCCCUGCAACGCAACACCUACUCGGCCAAAGACACGGUGGAAAACGCCAACAUCAUAAGAUAUCUUCUUGACCACGAAAGUAGCUUGGUUCAAAUGAGCAGCAGCACUUGGGGCGGCCCCCUGAGUGUUGCUUGUCUCAGGGCCGAUCUGGAUGUGGUAAAGACACUAUUAGAACGAGGCGCGAACGUCCAUUCAGUUGAUAAGAUCGGGAGGAUGCCGAUACAUUCUGCGCUGUACCGGACAAUAGAAUAUGUCGAGACGCUCCUCGAUGCUGGUGCAGAACUGCAUGUCUGUGACCGCAUGAACCGAAGCCCGCUCCAUUUUGCGGUCGUCAGCGGACGGUUGAACCUCGUCAAGUACGUCAUUUCACAGCGCAAAGAGCUGGUUACGCAGAAUGACAUAGACAACUGGAGCCCGCUCAUGUGGGCGGUACGCGUUUGCGGACUCUGGGGCACACAAACGUCGGAUCGCGUCGACAUUAUCCAAGUGUUGCUCGACGGCGGCGCCAGUCGGCUGGUGGAAGGCGAGGGCGUCGAUCGCAAGUGGACUGCAUACGACAUUGCUCGGUAUUACGGUCAUGUCCCGGAGAUUGUCGAGCUCGUGACCCCCAGUAAAGACGAGCUGGCGACGCUGGACGCAUGCCAGAGAGGGUUCUGGCAAUGGAGAUUCUGCGAACAAGAAAAAAAGGCUUAUCAGUGGCCUUUUUCAUGCUGCGACGCAUGCUUGAUGAUCCCAGAAUCAUAUCCACCCGUACCACGAGUUUACUUCCUCGGAGGAGAGGUUCGAAUCUGA